AUGGCCAGCAGAUUGUUGUCAGGAAAGUUGGGAAUAGUAACAGGAGCCUCAAGGAGCAUUGGGGCUGCUAUUGCUGAGAACCUUGCUUCCAAAGGAUGCAACCUGGUCCUCAACUACACUUCCAAGUCAUCCACAGCCCUCACAAAAGAGCUUUCCAAGAAGCUUGAAGGAAAAUAUGGAAUUCAAACUUUAGGUGUGCAAGCAGACCUGGGAACACCUCAAGGGCCAUUAGCCCUCAUCGAAGCGACAAAGAAGCACUUCUCUUCCUCGCCACCAACCCCUAAGCAGGACUACAAAUUCCAGCUCGAUAUUAUCGUGAACAAUGCCGGUGUCGCAAAGAACGACAAGCUGGCCGACAUCAAGAUCGAGGACUUCGACUUCACCUACAAGGUGAAUGUCCUCGGGCCCCUGCUGCUCAUGCAAGCCGCAGCGCAGUACCUACCGACAGACCGUUCCGGCCGCAUCGUCAACCUGUCUUCCAUCAGCUCCGACUGCGGCUUCCUGGGCCAGUCAGUCUAUGGGGGGUCCAAGGCCGCCAUGGAGGCCAUGACGCGCGUUUGGGCACGCGAGCUGAGCGAGCGGGCCACCGUCAAUGCCAUCAACCCCGGACCCGUCGAGGGCCCCAUGUACGCGGCCAACAGCGACGAGUUCAAGGCCGCCAUCAAGGGCUGGAUCGAGCAUGCGCCCCUGAUGAGGGCACGGGAGGGCAUCGAUGCUGCCGAGGUUGUUGAGGCCGGCAAGGCCGAGGGCGGGAGGCCGGCGUACACGUCUGAGAUUGCGGCACGGGGCCGAGACCCGGCGCCGGGCCCGGUUACUAGCGGCGGAUCUGACGGUGCUUCAGCGAUCGAAUCUGAGAGCUUUCCGGCAUUGAAGGAAGAGAAUAUGACCGCCAACGACGCCUUCGACAACCUGCUCAACCUCGAGGAGGAGUUCUACUCCGAGGGCUAUCAGCAGGGAGUUGCAGACGGUGACCGCGCGGGGCGGAUCGAGGGCCGCUCGUUCGGCAUCGAGAAGGGCUUUGAGAAGUUCGUCGAGGCGGGCAGGCUGCAUGGCAAGUCGAUCGUGUGGGCCAACAGGCUACCACAAGCGCAACAACAGCCGCGGGGCGUGGUCGCUCCCCCGUACUCUGUCUCUUCCUCCUUAGAAGACAAGCAGAAAUUGCCUGCUCUGAACGGCGGCGGCGCAAGGCUGGAGAAGAACAUUGUCACGCUGCAUGCGCUCGUCGAGCCUGACACGUUGUCGACUGAUAACACUGAUGACGCUGUCAAUGACUUUGAUGACCGGGUCAAGAGGGCGCAGGGCAAGGCGAGGGUCAUUGAGAGGCAUCUUGGAGAAAAUACCAGCGUCAAUGCCGGUGCUAAGGACGACGCCUCCGUCAAGGCUGCCGGUGGCGCCCAGGCCUCGUCAACGGCUAGUCCGCCAUCCAAGGAAGCCGUGAGCUUUUGA